AAUCUAUCAUAAGACAAUAAGCAAUCAAUUUAUUUAUUUCUUCAAAAUAAUAAGCAACCAAAAAUGAAAUUGUUUGUCACUUUGUUCGCUUUGGUCGCCGUGGCAGCGUGUGCGCCUGUUGUUGACCCAGAAUUACAAGCUAAGCGUCUUUUACCAGCGCUGGAAUUUGAAGAGAUUCGUGAUGAUUUCGGGCAGUUUUCACUCCGUUAUGUGACAGCUGAUGGUACCGUGGUUUCCGAACGAGGCCGUCUCGUGCCCACUGAAGAGGACGGUGAAUAUGUUCUUAUCACUGAGGGAGAGAUCAGGUACAUUGGGGAAGAUGGAAAACUUUACGUCACUAAAUUCACGGCUGACCUCGAUGGCACGCAUAUGGAAGGCGAUCAUCUGCCCGUUGCACCAGCACCUCAGUGAAUAAAUAAAGCGAUA